CACCGUCAACUCAACAUCGUGUGCCUGCUCUCCUAUGACGUAGCUAUGUUACCAAGAAAUAGAUAGAGCCUUCGGCCAGCUUCCUGCCAUUACCUAUCCUGAGGGAAGUACUAAUCAACAACUUGAUCCCAAAGCUAGCUGACUGCUUCUAUAAAGGCUCUACUUUUCCUUCCUCCUCUUAGUCUUCCUGCCUGAUCAAUUCUCUCACCAUACCCAAGUCCUAGCAAGCAAACGCGAACGAUCUCUUGUUUCCCAUAAAUUUUAGACUUCCCCGAUCUCUACGACGACGCCUCCUCUCCUCUCACACCCACACACACAACGAACUUACAGACUCAACUUUCAAAAUGACUCGAGGCGAAGUCAACCAGGCCAAGGUUCACUUUAAGGCCCGGACUGAUGACUUCUUUGUCUUCAUCGACGACCCCGAAGACUUCCAGAAGUGGCGCGGCGGCGACAAAAGCGUGCCCCUCACAAACUUCAUUUCUUCCUUCAGAAUUUUCGUCACUCAUGGACAAGGAAACCAAGGCACAUUCGACGCGGCCUCUAGGGCGACUUUGGAGAAUGAAUUCGGCACAUCCAUAGAUGAAGAGGUCAUCAAGCAGAUCCUGGAGAAGGGAGAGUUCCGGACUCAUGAGGUACGUGCGCAAAGCUGUGUCUCCUUUCCCUUUCCCCAAACACAUCGCCUUCGCCGCUUCAUCCCCUGUGAACAAAAACAGCGACUAGAGAAUGCUAACGAGAACCGCUUCGC